UCUCGCUCUAUAGAUAAAUUCAUAUGCACGCACUCAAAUGAGUCGGUAGAUAUCGCGUAAACGAAGAUAAAGAAGAGAGAGAUUUCCGAAAUUAUGGAUAUUACAAGCAAACUACCGUACGAGUGCAUCGCCAACAUAAUUUCUAAGACAUCCCCUCCUGAUGCAUGCAGGAUGUCGUUGGUUUCCCGGACAUUCAGCUCAGCUGCUGCUUCCAAUCUCGUGUGGGAGGCGCUUCUGCCUCCCGAUCAUCAGCAAAUCAUUUCUGAAUCGGUUUCGUCGUCGUCAUCAUUGAGUAUGCUGUCCAAGAAAGAUCUUUAUUUCAGCCUCUGCGACAAUCCGAUCCUCAUCGGCAACGGUAACAGGAGUUUUACAAUACAUGAAUGGAGUGGGAAAAAGAGUUACAUGCUGGGUGCGAGGGAGUUAGAGGUAGUAUGGGGAGACGCUUCACAAUACUGGAAAUGGUCUUCUCUUGCCGAGUCGCCAUUUUUACCUAAAUCCAGAUUUACGGAGGUUGCUCAUCUUUUGGAUGUGUGUUGGCUUGACGUACGGGGCAACAUUGAGACCAAAUUUCUGUCCCCAAAUACGAGAUACGGAGCAUACCUUAUCUACACUAUUGGGGAUCAAUCCCAUGGGCUUGACAAGCCAGUGAAGUUGUGGGUUAGAUUUCUAGAUGAGAUUAGAUGUGAUUUUAUCAAUGCUUAUUUGCUAUCAAGAACAUCCAUGGAUGAUGCACCCGAGGAAGAGGAUGCACGAUUUCCAAGAGACAGAGAGGACAUGUGGAUGGAGAUUGAGUUGGGGGAAUUCUUCAAUCAUGACCAGGUAGAUAGAGUGGUCGAAAUGCACUUGAGGGAGAGUGAAGUCCUCAACUGGAAGUCUGGCCUUGUGAUCCAUGGCAUUGAGGUUCGACCAAAAGAUUUAAGAUAA